CGCCUCCGUGGAAGGGAGAGGGGCGGUAGGACUGUUGCUGCCGGUGACUGCACGAGACCCCACCUCUACCCAGGGGGUCCAUCCGGAGUUGGGGCUCCUGGAACGUCACCUCGGGAUCCCGCUGGCCCUCGAGCAGGGCUGUCGGAAGCGGGCCUCCGGCGCUGGCCCAGGCGGAGUGGAUGGUGCCUUUUGCAGGGCGAGCCGUCAGCCGACCCCCGUGGCAUCCGCGUCCCUGUGUCAGAGCCGCCAGAGCCCAGGUCUCCCCGCCGACUGACUUCAUCCGAUGGAGUUGCAGGGUGAGAAGCCGGCAGAGGCCGACGGGGUGCGCGUCACACCCCAGCUGCUCAAGUCUCACUCGGGUGAGUUCGCGCUGGAGUCCAUCCUGCUGCUGAAGCUUCGGGGCCUGGGGCUGGUGGACCUGGGCUGCCUGGGGGAGUGCCUGGGGCUCGAGUGGCUGGACCUGUCGGGCAACGCGCUCACGCAGCUGGGCCCGCUGGCCUCCUUGCGCCAGCUGCUGGUGCUCAACGUGGCCGACAACCGGCUGACGGCGCUCGAGCCGCUGGCCGCCUGCGAGAACCUGCAGAGCCUUAAUGCCGCAGGCAACCUGCUGGCCACCCCCGGCCAGCUGCAGUGUCUGGCUGGCCUGCGGGGCCUUGAGUACCUGCGGCUGCGGGACCCCCUGGCCCGGCUCAGCAACCCGCUGUGCAGCAGCCCCUCGUACUGGGCGGCCGUCCGAGAGCUGCUCCCCGGCCUCAAGGUCAUCGACGGUGAGCGCGUGACAGGCCGGGGCAGCGAGUUCUAUCAGCUAUGCCGGGACCUGGAUAGCUCCCUGCGCCCCAGCCCCAGCCCCGGUCCCGGGGCCACCGAGGCCCAGCCCUGGGUGGAGCCAGGCUACUGGGAGUCUUGGCCCCCCCGGAGCAGCUCCAUCCUGGAGGAGGCCUGCCGCCAGUUCCAGCACACCCUGCAGGUGUGCCACGACCUGGACCGCCAGGCCCGCGACAGCCUGGCCCAGGCCGAACGGGCGCUCAGCCCUGCCGGCACUACCUCGUCCUUCGUGUUUUGAGUGUGUCUGCGGUCUGUGGCAGCUGGGCUCACUGUGGCCUGGCUGCCCGCCUCUGCCCCCCUGCAGCGCCGGCUCUCUGUUUCCCCGUGUUCCUAAGAGCAGCCCCCCGCUUCUCCUUCGGGAAGAUUCCACAACCUUCCUGCACAUAGUUCAAGGGCGCACCUCCCCCGUGGCCUCUAGCAGGGGUAGGGGCCCUGUUCAAGGGGCACGCCCGGCAUGAGGCCGUCCCGCCACCUCCACCGUGAGCCUUGGGAGGAGGCCUCUGGAGGAGACGGUCUACAGCCGCAGCCACCCCUGGCCGGAGGCUCAGUGGGAGAGAGUUGCUUCCUCCUAAAGCUAGACGUGAGAAAGGCAGGGAGGGGGUGCGCGCUGGCCCAGCUGGUCCUGGGAGAGGAAGUGGCAGAGCCCCAAAGGUGGCCUUCGCCCACCUUCCGACAUUGCCUGUCCCGGUGACCCCCUGCUGUAGUGGCUCAUCCUGUGUCACCGUGGAGCCCUCACUGCCUGUUCUCACCCUUAUUAAAUCUCUCUAUUCUAAUAA